UCUCUAUUAUUCAGUCUCAAUUCGGUUGUGGUUGUGUAAGCAUCUCCAUUUGUUGAUCAUGUACAGCGAAUUCGAUUAGAAAACAUAUAAAUAAAACUCGGAAACUAUAUCGUGUUUCGUAAGUAGAGUAUCCAUGACGUACAUAAACGAAAAGUCGAAAUAAAUCGCCGCGACCGUAUUCGCUUGUGAAUUUAAUUUAAUUUUCUGUUUGGCGAACAAAAACAGUCAAAGAAAUUGUAUGUAAAAAAUCUAAAUCAAACUUGUGUAGCUUAGUGUAAUAUGUUCGUAGUGAAGAUUUGAUCCUUAUUAUAGGAUAGCGUGACGUCAUGUCGCUUUCAUAUGAUUUUGUCAAUAUUAGUUUGUGUGGUGUUAAGAAAACAUGGAUAACAAUUCUCCUUAUCAGCUUUGGACUUGCGCUUGGCGUGCAAAGUAUAACACCAUCUAUUUCACCGCUACAAAAGCGAGCUGGUCCAUCCGAAACAUUUAAAGAUCAUUGCAACAAAACAGUAGACAUAUACGAGGACGUAGCUUCACCGGAAGUAACAAAUCAAAAUCGUGGCAGACCGAUGACAUGUUGGUAUCGCUUUCGUAGCUUUCGCGGAGCGCCUAGAGACUGGGUGCUGAGAUUACGUUUUAAAAAGUUCAAAGUCGGUACAUUGGUGAAUGCAACAUACUGCGAAGGCGGCUUUUUACAGAUAGUGGAUGGUAAUGCAAAAACUGAUGUUUCAAAUCGACGUGAACCGGGUAUGUUUUGUGGCGAAGCUGAACAACCGCAAACAUUCAUUAGUGAAACGAGUUACGUUAAAAUAUUGUUUCAUGCUGACAACUUCACAGAUCAGACAUACUUUUCAUUCGAUUCAAGAGCCGAACAACAAAUGGAAGUCUACUUGAGAUAUGGCCAACAUCCAGAAUUGUAUCCAAAUCGUCGUGGUGAAGUGGUGCAAGGGUCAUACUGUGAACGAGAAUUUCGUGAUUGUCGUCUGCAGACGUGCUACGUUCAAUCACCAGCCUAUCCAGGAUUAUACCCGAGAGCAUUAAAUUGCCGCUACCGACUUCAUACGCGGCAACCAUUUAUCAAACUUUACUUGCAGAAUGAACAUUUUUCCGUUGAUGGUCAAAGAUGCGAAAAUAUCAUGACUUGUCCAAUGCGUGAAAUCGGCUCUGGUACUGAACACUGCCCGUAUGACUGGUUGGCUGUGUACGAUGGACGGGAUGACCAUGCACCACUUAUUGGAAAAUUUUGUGGUGUGGGCAAAUUUCCGUUUAGCAUUAUUGGCACUUCACAGUACAUGUUUGUUGAAUUUAUGUCAUCGCCAGCUGGACCUCUGUUGAAUACAGGGUUUCAUUUUAAUGUUGGAAAUUGGCCAGGCCAUGUCGACACAGCUGGUGUGAAAUCUGGUGCAUGCGAUUGGUUGUUGAGUUCGGACGCGUUGAGGGAAUCAAAUGGAUCGGAGGGAAUAUUUUUGAGCAUUGCCCAUUGGUAUCCACCGAAUACGUCAUGCAGCUAUCUGAUACAAGGCAAUGAGGGUGAAGUCGUUCGACUGUAUUUUCCAAGUUUCCGCAUCAAUCGUAUUGAAGCAGCCAUAAAUAAAAUGUCUGGUGUCGACUGUGCAGAAUCCCUGACAAUUUAUGAUUCGGCUACACCAGAUCCAGCCCGAAUAAUAAAAACAUUUUGCGACACAUUUUCACGGCCAAUGGAGAAGGUUGAUUUUGUGAGUACGGGACGAUCACUGCACGUACGAUUCGAAAGCAAAACAGGAUCGUACAGUGGAAGCUCACUGUAUUAUUGGGCCCAUUACGAUUUCUUUAAUAACACGAAAUUCGGUGAUGCCGUACCGAAUACAUUAUGUGACGAAAUAUUUUAUGCAUGGAAACAUCCUCGCGGAAACAUUCGAUCGUCGUUGAACACAUUGAUCUAUAAGCGAAUGUCUGGCAGCGAUGUUCGUUGCCAGUAUCGAUUUGUCACUGACAAACGACUGUUCGCCCGUGUUGUUAUUGAAGUGACUUCGGUUACGUUUAAAGAAUUACCUUACAAUAUGAACGCCUGCACCAGAUGCCAUGAGGAACGAGUUGACAAAUUGGUCAUAUGGGAGGAAAAAGAGAAAGUACAAAAUCAUUUAGCCUGCUUCUGCGACAAUAUACCACGGGCUGUACGAGUUAUAUCGUCCGGCGAAUUGAUUAGCUUGGAAAUGAUCGUUCAGGGGCAACAUGCAACAACGAGCUAUUUUAAGAAUCAAAAUCCUUUGUUCCAAGCCAACUAUGAAUUCGCACAUGGGCCACUGUGCGGUCCAAUUUCAUUAGGUCCAUCACCAGAUGGUGAGUUAGUAUUUCCGUUCCGUAAUGCAAUCGGCUAUCCGCAUGUUGGGGAUCAGAAAAGAGAGAAAUGUAUAUGGGAGUUGAAAGUGGCUGCACAGCGUGAUCUAUGGAUGCAUUUGGACAAGUCACGAUUUGCUGAUAAAUCGUGUGAUCUUGGACGAAUCGAAGUAUAUUUAGCUGGUCGAUUAGAGCCAAGAUUUAUCAUAUGUCCAGAAAAUGUCAGCUUAGCUAGAGAUUUGCCAAUACUAUCGGCGGCAGAGCUGGGUGCCUUAGAUAACGAAAAUGAGCCAUUGCCAGUAUUGAUUCAGUACACGGGUGACAAUACACCCGGGCGUAACGCAUUCCGAAUGGUGUGGACGGAGUUGUUUCAUUUACCACGAACACAAGACGGAACCGUAGCCAGAUCAUUUUUGAAGGACGGUGACUGUGAUUUUAAAUGCCCCGGUGAUACAUCUGUGUGUAUCCCGAAACAUUUGGUCUGCAAUGGCAUUAUGAAUUGUCCGAAUGUUACAAUGACGUCGACGCUGGAAUCGCUUACACAAAACAUUGAAGAGAAUUUGAGAAUGCUGGGCAUCGUUGACGAAGAGUUACAAUUUAAAGUUAAAUAUUUGACGGACGAAUCUCCCGAAAUAUGUACACGUACCGAUGCUGAUGAUAUAUCAUAUGUGAUGUUGCUGUUAACUGCGACUGGUCUUACUCUAUCAUUUGCAAUAUUUUUGGCUAUUUGCUUUAGGAUGUGCAGACGUCGAGAUUAAGCAUUGUUUCCAUUUUGUCGUAAUCACGUUUCCAAUAACUGCCAUCUUAAAAAUAAUUUAAAUUUUUCUUCGAUAUACGAGUAGAAUGAUACGUCACUGAUUAGUUUGUAGCGUUAAUAUAAUUCAAUUGCAAUAUCAACCUAAAAACUCAAAAUAUGCGCGAAUAUGUAACUUCACAUCAAUUAAGAGAAUCUCAAAAAUGACUUCAAAGUAUUUUUUUAUACUUUGAAUCGUUCAAUCAGCAAUAACGACAUUAUUUCUAUCCCACACCACCAUCUCGCAUAUUGGAUCUGCUAAUUGUCAAUGUCACUAACUUAGAGAACGCCGAGCGAUAUCUACAAGCACGGAAUUUUGAAAGCCGACACAUUUUUUGUUCAUGUGUUUUACUCGAGUUUCUGAUUUCUCCAUAUAAAAAU